AGAUUUACCCAAAGAACCUGUUUUGAACUUAAUAAUUUGACCAAGUUGUUGAUUCUUUUAUUGAGACUAUAGUUUUUACUAGCAUAGGCCCAUUGUCAUCUGAUGCUGCUUCCCACUCCUGAAUAUAGUUCAGAGGUAGUCAACUAAAUGUGCAGUAGACAUGCCUAGUGAGGGGGAAGGCACACAGGACAUCAUCUGCAGCCUGUCCCAUGGCAAAGGUGAGACCAUUUCCUUGGUAUUCCUAUGUUCUUUUUGCUAAGCCUGAAACCAGAUUUGCUCAACCCUUUGGAUCCAGCAAGGCCAGCUGCCAGCAUUCCUACAGUCAAACCUCCAUAGCAGAGUCAUCUGUGUUACAGCCUCCAUAGCUGCUGUGGGCUUUCAGACUGUCUCUCCUUGGCUAUGUCUUCACUCUGGCAGUUCUGGGGGCUCCUCUUUCUCUCCUUUUUUUUUGUUUGUUUCUUUGUUUGUUUGUUCCUAGAGAGAGGGAUCAGGCCCCCUUCUAACACCAUACAGUGUGAGAGAGAUGGACAUAUGCAGCCAUAGCAUGGGUUGUAAUCCAGCUCCCCCCAGGGACUGUCCCACCUUUCUUACAGUCCCCAUAGGACAGCCUGCCUAGUGGGUGUGGAGGACCAAGACUGCAAUUAUUCCACAUACAGAAGAAACAGAAGGGAUCUGAUGAAAACAAACAGGACUGCUCAAGAGAGGAAUGCAAAGGAGAAAUAAAUGGAACCUGUAUCAGCAUCUCAAUCAGGAGAGCAAGCAAUACCAGAUGAGUCUACUGAACAUACAGAAUUUCAAACAGACAAUUAAAAUCCAAAUGAAAAAAUGGACAUUGACAUUCCUGUUACCACCUCUAGAGAUUCUGGAGGACUCCCUCUCCUCCUGCCUCUGGAUCUCAUGGAGCUGUCCCUUGUUCUGGGGAACCUGCUUAUUCUGAUCCUGACUGGGCUGCUAAUGUAUUACUACAGUGCCACAUUCAGGUACUACACCAAGGUGACCGUGCUCGAUGGAUACCUCAUCGCCAUUUCCAUCGUCUCCCUGCCAUUCUUUGUUGCUCAUGGACGCACUGUGGAAAAUACGAGAAUUAUACGUACCGUGAUGUGUCCCAUCAGAUACUUGCUUGGCAUCAAGGUCAAGGUGCAGGGGAAGGAGAACCUGGACAUUGAGGGGCCCUAUGUGAUUGUUGCAAAUCACCAGAGCAACGUGGACUUUAUUGUGAUGUUUGAGGCACUGCCAGAGCGCUGCGUGACUGUUGCCAAGAAAGAGAUUCUCUACAUGGGGACAUUUGGCCUGUGCUGUUGGCUCUCCAAGUUCAUCUUCAUUGACCGCCGUAAGACGGACCGUGCCAUCAGUGUCAUGUCAAAGGUGGCGCGGACCAUGCACCAGGAGGACUUGCGAGUUUGGGUGUUCCCUGAAGGCACCAGGAGCUAUGGUACCACCAUGCUGCCCUUCAAACAUGGGGCCUUCCACCUGGCUGUGCAGGCCCAGGUGCCUGUGGUCCCCGUGGUGUUAUCAUCCUACAACACCUUCUUCAACAGAGAGAAGAAGAGGUUCACAACAGGUGAAUGCACUAUCCAGAUCCUGCCACAUGUGCAGACCCAGGAGCUGGGCCCAGAUGAUGUCCCAAGGCUGACAGCGUGUGUGCGGCAGACCAUGCUCACCACCUUCCAGAAGAUGUUGGAGGAUGCUAGGGAACAUACAUGAGCCAGAGAGUGACAUCUACACCCUGAUGACAUCCCAACUCCUGAUGAUGACAGACCCCCACACUCACCCCUGACUCAAAACAGUGACUCGCUGUCCCAGCAUCAUCCAGUUGGGAUGCAGGAGGAUUGGGUCUGCUCUCUGUAUCUCUGCUUAUCUGAAAUGUAUGGGUCUUUAGAGCACAGCAGGCCUCCUGAAUUCCCCUCACUCACCCCGCUGGAAAUCAGUGGAGCUGCUUUACCCUCUCUGCUCCACCUGGAUUGGCCCCUGGUGUCCCUCCUAUGAUUUAGAUCCACUGGGAGAACACAGCAGCCCCCUCUACACCCCAGAGCCACUUCCAGCCCUGUCCUAAGGGAGGAGAGGCAAGAUGAAUUUGUCUGGGAAUUUCAGGACCCCUAAGGAAGCAACAUAAAAAUCCAGCAGAAGCAUGGUUACCACGAUCACAAGGGAAAAUGCAGUAGGAGCUUAGUUACCAUGAGCAAAAGGGGUGUUUAGUGUGAGGCCUGAUCCAAAGCAGCUUCAACAAACUUUGUUCCAGUGUCCUCUAAUGCCUCUUUCACUCCCUUUCCUAAUCCUCAGGAAAGGUGUUCCUGGCCACACUGGCAGGGGUGCACCAUGAUAACCCAUUGAACAAGGAUGGGACUUAUUCUGAGCACCCAGCCUCAGUGCUGACCUCAAUCUGGCCUCUUCGCUCUAGCUGCUUUAUUCCAGCUAUGGAGAAAUUGUGACCUGCUGAUCUAGCUGGUUUGCAGCUCAGCAUCAUAGCAUCACAGGCUGGAAGUGUCCAGAUUGUCCAACAUCCUACACAGAAGCAGUAUUUUCUGUUCCCAAACCAUCCCCAGAGGCAUCCCCAGUCUCUUUUUGAAAAUCUCUUGUGUAGAAAAGUACAUAGCUGCCUUCGGCAGCUUCUUCCAUUGUCCUACUGCUCUGGUAGUUAGGGGUCUGUUCCUGAGAGUCAAUCUAAAUCUGCUUUGCAGCAGUCUAAAUUCACAGCAUCAUGCCCUACCCUCUGUCAUGAGAGAAACAGUGUUCUGCCUCUGCUUUAUAGCAGUCUUACAAAGAAUCAAAUACCAUUCUUGGCCCCUUUUUUCCCAGCUAAGUAUGCCCAGGUCCUUCAAUCUUUCCUCGUGCAGCUUGCAGUCACCCUAACUCACUUCUAAAGCUCACCUCAGGAUCCUCUUCAGUUUCACUAGGUCUUUCUCAAAAUGGAAUUAUAGAUUAUAUUGA